UCCCUUCUCGUCUAUCCGAGACAUAUUAAGCUCUCGUUACACUGCAUCUUGUGCUUCAUAUAUAUACAGAGAGGGAAAAAAAAGAAAAAGAAAAAUAAACCCUACCUUCAUCGUCAAUCACCAUCUACUUCUCUUAUUUCCAUUCAUUUUCAAUCAUUUUAGCCGUCAUCGCAUAACAAAUUGACCUUAAUUUGAGUUUUAUCGAUGGGUCGAAAGAAGCCAACUGCACGUGAUGAAGAGAACUCACUCGCUGUGGGUGGUGGAAAAUUGAAGAAAAAGCAGCUGGUGAUCGACGAUGAUGAGUACUCAAUUGGUACGGAUUUGUCAGAGGAGCCUCAAAUUCAGGAGGAGAAAGUUGCGGUUGCGGGGAAGAAGGGCAAAAAGGGGAAUAAAAAAGGUUUGCAGUCUAAAGAGGAUGAGGAAAAGCAGGACGUGGAAGAGGAUGAAGAAGUGCAGGAGAUUGUCUUUGCAGCAAAGAAGAAGAAAGGAAAGAGGAGUGGGGGUAACAGUGUCUUUUCAGCAUCAAGCUUUGGGUUACUUGGGGAUGAAGAUAAUGAUGAGGAGGAGAAGUCUGACUUAACAGGUGAUAAAGAUAGUGACGUAGAGGAUGAACCGGUUGUGAGCUUUACUGGAAAGAAAAAAGCAUCAAAGAAGGAUAACAAGAGUGGCACUAGUUUGUUCAGUGCUGCAGCUGAUCUGCCUGAUGAUGAUAAUGAAGGUGAUGUGGUUGAUAAAGUUGAGAAUGGUGGUGAUGAUAUGCCAGCUGUUGAGUUUACCGGGAAAAAGAAAUCCUCCAAGGGUGGCAAGAAGGGUGGUGGUAGUGGGUUUGCGGCAGCUAGUUUUGAUGUGUUAGAUGACAAUGAGGAGGAAAAGGAUGAGGAUGAAGAUGUUGCUGCCAUUACUUUCUCAGGUAAAAAGAAGUCAUCCAAGUCCACCAAGAAGGGUGGUAAUAAGUUCAGUUCAGCAUUGGUUGAUGAGGGGAAUGAUGAAGAGGCUUCUGUGUCUGGUUCUGUUAAAACUAGUGAUGAUGUAGCAGAUGUUGAGGAUGAAGAUGGGGUGGUUAUUGCAUUUACAGGUAAAAAGAAGUCAUCUAAGAAAAAGGGGAAUUCUAAUAGUGUUUCUGCUACAUUAAAUGAUGGGGAAGGAAGUGAGAUAGCUAACAUGGCUGAGCAACCACCUAGCAUUGUUGAAGCUAGUGCUGCUCAGGUUCACAUGGGUGAUGUGGUUGCAGAAACUUCAAAGAACAAGAAGAAGAAGAAGAAUAAGAGUGGUAGGACAGCUCAAGAAGAGGAAGAUUUGGAUAAGAUUCUCGCAGAGCUUGGUGAUGGGAUGCCAAUUGAAAAACCCUCUGCUCCUCCUCAACAAGCGGAGAGUGUUCUGGUGCAGAGUGAUCCAGUCGCAUCAGUGGAUGCUGUGGCUGAGAAGGAAGGUGAAGAAGAAAAAGAAGAGUCUGCUGCGGCAAAGAAGAAGAAAAAGAAGAAGGAGAAGGAGAAGGAGAAGAAAGCUGCAGCAGCAGCUGCAGCUGUUGCUUCAGAAAGGAAGGAAGAAAAAGUAGAAGAAGCGAAAACAGAAACAAAUGAACCAAAAAAGAAUGAUACAAAAGGUAAAGCUUCUGAGAAGAAGGUGCCAAAGCAUGUUAGAGAGAUGCAAGAAGCAAUUGCUAGGCGAAAAGAAAUGGAGGAGAGGAAGGCCAGAGAGGAAGAGGAGAAGAGGAGGAAGGAAGAAGAGGAAAGGCGUAGGCAGGAAGAACUUGAGAGGCAAGCAGAAGAGGCUAGGCGCAGGAAGAAGGAGAGGGAAAAGGAGAAACUUUUGAAGAAGAAACAAGAAGGCAAACUCUUAACAGGAAAGCAGAAGGAGGAACAACGACGUUUAGAGGCUAUGAGGAAUCAAAUACUUGCUAAUGCUGGUAUUACCAUCCCAACAGUGGACAAAGAAGGUGUAUCAACAAAAAGACCCAAGUACCAGACGAAGAAGUCAAAACCAACUCAUCAUUAUGCAAAUGGUGCUGCUCCAACUAAGGUGGACGAAAAUGUUGAAAAUAAAGAAAAAGAGCCAGAACAACAAGAUGCUGAGCCUCAGGUAGAAUCUAUGGAAUUAGAAAAUGUUGAAGAGGAGGAACCAGUAAAUAUGGAAGAGGAACCACAAGUUGUCAAUGGAGCUGAGGAGAAUGGAAGGGAGCAAGGUGGUGGUGAUGAUGAUGAGGAGGAGGAGGAAUGGGAUGCAAAGAGCUGGGAUGAUGUUAAUCUUAAUGUUAAGGGUGCUUUUGAUGAUGAGGAGAUUGAUUCUGAACCUGAAACUGUUGUAAAGAAAGAGAAAAAGAGCGCUGCUUUAGCUUCUCAAUCUGCAGCCUCAAAGCCUGCAGCAGUUGCAUCCAAAACUCCUGUUCCCUCACAGCCAGUUAAGUCUCUGGAUGCUGAAAAUAAGAAAUCUCAACCUGAAGUUGAAAUUACUUGUAAAAAUAGAAGAAAAGAAGCUGUUUCAAAGAAUAAAACGUCACCUUCAGAUGCCACUCCUAAACAGGGUGAAGAAAACCUCCGUUCUCCAAUUUGCUGUAUUAUGGGCCAUGUUGAUACUGGUAAAACCAAGUUGCUGGAUUGUAUCCGAGGCACUAAUGUUCAGGAAGGGGAGGCUGGGGGUAUAACACAGCAGAUUGGUGCAACAUACUUUCCCGCUGAGAACAUAAGAGAGAGAACUAAGGAAUUGAAAGCUGAUGCAAAAUUGAAAGUCCCUGGUCUAUUGGUUAUUGAUACUCCCGGCCAUGAGUCUUUUACUAAUCUGCGGUCAAGGGGUUCAGGUUUGUGCGAUAUUGCGAUCUUGGUUGUUGACAUUAUGCAUGGCUUGGAGCCUCAAACAAUAGAAUCACUCAAUCUCUUGAAGAUGAGAAAUACAGAAUUCAUUGUUGCAUUGAAUAAGGUGGACAGACUCUAUGGAUGGAAAGUUUGUCGCAAUGCACCAAUAGUGAAGGCAAUGAAGCAACAGUCAAAAGAUGUGCAGAAUGAAUUCAAUAUGAGACUUACACAGAUUAUAACUCAAUUCAAGGAACAAGGGCUAAAUACUGAACUGUACUAUAAAAACAAGGAAAUGGGAGAAACGUUCAGUAUAGUCCCUACAAGUGCUAUUAGUGGAGAGGGUAUCCCUGAUUUGCUAUUGUUACUGGUUCAGUGGAGUCAGAAAACUAUGGUUGAGAAACUCACAUUUAGUGAUGAAGUGCAGUGUACGGUAUUGGAGGUCAAGGUCAUUGAAGGCCAUGGAACAACAAUUGAUGUCGUGUUGGUCAAUGGUGUUCUUCAUGAGGGAGAUCAAAUAGUUGUUUGUGGCUUGCAGGGGCCCAUUGUUACUACUAUUCGAGCUUUAUUGACACCUCACCCCAUGAAGGAGAUCCGAGUUAAGGGUGCAUAUAUACACCAUAAAGAAAUCAAGGCUGCACAGGGCAUCAAGAUUACUGCACAGGGCCUUGAGCAUGCUAUUGCUGGCACAGGUCUAUAUGUGGUAGGACCUGAUGAUGAUUUGGAUGAUGUCAUGGAAACAGCAAUGGAAGACAUGAGGUCAGUGAUGAGCCGGAUUGAUAAGAGUGGUGAGGGAGUCUAUGUCCAAGCAUCUACCCUUGGGUCAUUGGAAGCAUUGCUGGAGUUUUUGAAGUCACCUGCAGUGAGCAUUCCUGUUAGUGGCAUAGGCAUAGGCCCAGUACACAAAAAGGAUGUUAUGAAGGCGAGCGUGAUGCUUGAGAAGAAAAAGGAAUAUGCCACUAUCUUGGCAUUUGAUGUCAAAGUGACCCAAGAGGCUCGGGAACUUGCAGAUGAAUUGGGUGUAAAGAUUUUCAUUGCUGAUAUUAUCUAUCACUUAUUUGAUCAAUUCAAGGCUUAUAUUGACAACCUGAAGGAGGAAAAGAAGAAGGAAGCUGCAGAUGAAGCAGUCUUCCCAUGCAUUCUUCAGAUUUUACCAAAUUGCAUUUUCAACAAGAAAGAUCCAAUUGUCUUGGGAGUUGAUGUUGCCGAUGGCAUAGCUAAGGUUGGGACUCCAAUUUGUAUUCCUGAGAGAGAUUUUAUUGACAUUGGUCGGAUUGCUUCCAUUGAGAACAACCAUAAGCCUGUUGAUUGUGCCAAGAAGGGCCAGAAGGUUGCCAUUAAGAUUGUUGGCUCCAACCCUGAGGAGCAGCAAAAAAUGUUUGGCAGACAUUUUGAGAUUAAUGAUUUACUUAUCAGCCACGUUACAAGGAGAUCAAUUGAUGUUCUGAAGACUAAUUAUCGGGAUGAUCUGUCUAUGGAGGAGUGGAAGCUGGUGGUCAAACUGAAGAACAUUUUCAAGAUACCUUAGAUAUAAGGUAGAAGGAUUGGCUGGGUGUGCUUUCACAAAUACUUCCAAGGUUGUAUUGGUUGUCUAAUGUAAAGAUGCAGAGGUUUUGUCGGAGGUUCGAUUGUGAGACGAUAUUGUUAUACUGGAUAAGAGAGUGUUUCUCCUGCAUGAGGAGGCCCUUUGUCCAAAUCGGUGGAGCGGGAAUGGAUGUCAUGCCUUGCUGAAUUUGGAUAUCAUGUUCAUUUACUGGGUGGUGAUAUAGGAGAAAGAGUUCUAUGUAAUCAAGCAAUUACAACAAUCGGGUUAUAAAGCUGGAGAAUUAUGACUCAUGGCUGAUGCUAUCUUAUCUUUUGUUGGAAAAUUUCUGAGUUCUAUAUUAACAAAUUCUUUUCCUCGUAA